AUGUUGUUCAGCAUUGUUGCAAGCGAGUGUCUGCUCCCAUCCUUAUUUUUGGAAUGUUGGGGGAAGGCUAUUCCUUUGGAGGAGCUGAUGCAGAUUCAAGUUGUGCACAGAAUUGGUGGGCCAUGGCUAGGGGAAAGGAAAGACAAAGGGCAAGUACAUAGAUGUCCAAAUCCCAGAGACGAGAAGGUGUGCAAAUACUGUGGCCUGGUUAUACCUGAGACUGUGUCCAUCUAUGAAUUGGUGUACCAUGGCUAG